CAUACCACCCUGACGCCAGAAGCGACGAGGGCGGGGCUUUGAUGUGUAGCCUUCGUGCGUUCGUUACAGUGAGAAACCACACGUGAUGACUUUCAAGACGAGGGAGAGAAGAAAAAAAUGUACCAGAAUUGGACACUGCAAAAAGAAACGGCACUACUUGUAUUAAGUUGUGCUAGAGAUAGUGCGUCCAAACAACGAUUCACAUACAUAGAAGAGUGCAUUGUAUUGUAGUCAACGAUAAACAAGUGAGGAACAAGGACAAGGAGAAGCUUUAUUUUAAUAUUCCGUAGCUCUUGAUGAUAGCCACCGUUUUCUCUUUUCUAUCUUCCUCCGGUCUUUCUUUUUACUAGUUAGGUCUGCGUCUGCCCCACCGCGAAUAUUACGUAGCUCUGCCUUGCAUUUUUCUACAUCAAAUUACAGUUACACUAGUCAAACCGCUCAGAGAGAAAAGGAUGCAGGACGCGUUGAACGAUGCAAGGUCUGGGAAGACCGAGAGAGCAGAGCUAUUAGCGAAAGAAGGCCUAUCACAGGUUAACCAGUUCGCUGCCUCAAGAUUUGGAGGACUAUGGAAAUUGCUGUUUUUUGUGGGGGCGGUAACGAUUUAGUUUGUCUUCCUUGUCGGCACGACUUGCUUUCUUCUUCGCACUCAGCUAUUAAUUCCACGCUCCUACUUUCAACCUGAUUUAUUUUCUGGACAAGGAGCUAUUAAAGCUAUGAUGAGACCUUUUGAGCAUGAGCAAGGACCAUGGAGUCAAGUCUAAUUCACCAUCCUUUCUUUUAAACGAAAGAACAAUCAAAAAACCCAUCUCCACCAGGUAUCUGUACUCGCAGCAGGAGUCCUAGGAAUAAUUGGCGGCAUCACGAAUCUCCUGUCGCCAUUCAGUUUCUGCAACCAGGUAAAUUUUCAGAAACCAGGUGAAAAUUUUAGAUUACUCCUUCUCUUCAACAAUUGAUGACUUCUCGUCUUUUUUCUGACCCUGUUUUCAGUACCCCUUAGGGCCUACCUGACGUAUCUACCCUGUUUUCAGGCGCAGGGCCUAACUAACGUUCCUACGCCCCCUACGCCUAGCUACUGUACUAGACAAAAUGAACAAGAAGCAAAAGAAGCAAUGCACAGGUAUACCUCUGCGUUUUCGGAUUGAUUAUGUUGGUAAUAGACGCACCAAUUGCGCAAGCGGAAGAAGCGAAAUUCGCAGUUUUCCGAUAUCUCCUUUUCAUGACAAGAUUCACAGGGAGGGGAGUAUGGUACAUCUUCUUUAAUCCUUUCCUUUUGCCGUUCGUGACAAGAUGAUAGGAGAUGAAAGGAGAAGAAGAACGCAACACAAGUCUCGAAAAAAUGUGACAAGAUUUACAGUUAUGACAAGACUCACAGGGAGGGGAGUAUGGUACGAGUCUCUUCCGCUUUUUUCUCUCCAUUGUCACAUCACGAUGAAUCGUGCGAUCAAAACGUUAUUCUCUUUAAUAUUCUCAUGCUCCAGCACUCUACUGACUCUACUCUCGUUCCCAUUUUCUUCAGGUCCGUCGACUCACACCUUACUGUUACACAACCUCCGCAAUUUUGUAGGUACCUCUUCCUCGCGACGAUGAUUUGGGCAUCCUUGUUUAAUCUAGGCUUAGAGCCCUUCCUCGGUUUUUUCCUAUCUGGGUACGUAGCAGUGCUUGGCGCAUUGAGUAUUUUUGUCGGGGUACAAAAGUCUUUGAGGCUUGAGAAGAUGCGAAAAGCAAUUUGCGCACAAGGUCCAGCAGCAGUGAUGGAGCUAUGCCCAGCAGCGUAUGGACUAUUUUCUAUUUUUUGUGUACUAGCACUAGGGCUAGCAACAUGAAUUGAGAUAUUGCAUUGAUGCAGAUAAAGGUCCGGUCCUCAUGAGAACGACUUCUCUCAUAAGAACGAACUAGUCGCAUAAGCGGGAGACGGAUCCAACACUCACAUUGAAAUAAGCGAGUAAGGGAACCGGACAUUUCGCACUCAUCUUCUCUCAUAAGAACGAACUUCUAGUGUUUCCAUUUCACACUCUUCACAUCAUACAAGAACUUCUCUCUUCCUCGUCACACGACAGGGGUCUCACCCUUCCAGAGUUUCAAGCAAUGGCCGCAUCUGUCGCAGAAGUCAAUUUUAGCGAUGAAGAGAUGGGAUACAUAGCAUUAAGGCUCCGAUAGAAGUAGAAGAAAGAAAACUUUUUUCAAAUCGGAAUGUUGCACGUCUUGCGAUCGGAAAGGUUUUUCGACCAACUCUGAUUUCUUCAUAUUCAUCUUUAUCUUCCUGCUCUCAUCAACAUCAUAUUAUUUUCCUGCUCUCAUCAACAUCAUAUUUCUUAGAACCUUCCACCUGCUGGUGAAGGUGAACUCUACAUCAACAUACAAUGAACCUAAUCCUCUCAUCAUCAUCGUCAUUACUUUCCUGCUCUAAAAAUAGCAGCCCUUAGCUUCCGAGUACGGUCUGACGAUAUCAUUCAGCAAGACGAAUUUAGGGGCUGGACGCAAGGGCGAAUGACUGUGCUGUAAGGAAGGAGCACGACCUUGCCCAUGUGGGCAAGGUCAACAGACCAAGUUGUCCAGUCGUAGUCUUCCGCUAGCACAACUGGAAGUACAUCUACGGAGUGAAGUCUUGUCCGCGCUGUUUCUUUGCGUCGUCGAAAUUGACCCGCUGGUAAGGCUCGUUUGCAUUUUCCGUUUGAAGUCCGAUCUAACUCUAGAUCUCUGCUACAACUCGGCACACGCGAACUGUUUCUACUCGACUACAUCAUGUACACCACGCGAACAUUUUCUCUCCGGCUACUGGCUCCAAACUACAUCACGGGUCUGGAUGAACAAAUGAGGUUGAUGUUGUACUUGGAAAGUAGUCUGAUGAGUAGGUAGACGCCCUUUCCGUUUCACUUACAGGCUUUACUCAAUCUUGGUGUUGGAG